AUGCCACUGGCACAACUUGCAGACCCAUGGAGGCGGAUGGAGAUGGCCCACGAGGCGGAGGCAGCCUCAACUGAAGACAUGCUUGUGGACGAGCAGAAUGACAAUGAAAUGGACAGAGAGAUUGAUGUUACAAGUCUCAUGAAGGAUGGAGAAAGAGUGUCAGCAUCAGAUUUUGAGUUGUUAAAAGUGUUGGGGCAGGGCUCAUUUGGAAAGGUGUUUUUGGUGAGGAAAGUAACUGGAACUGAUGCUGGUGGCCUUUAUGCAAUGAAAGUAUUAAAGAAAGCAACACUCAAAGUACGAGACAGACAAAGGACAAAGAUGGAGAGAGACAUUCUGGCUGAUGUCAACCAUCCUUUUAUAGUAAAACUUGAUUAUGCAUUCCAAACAGAGGGCAAACUAUAUUUGAUAUUGGAGUUCCUACGAGGUGGUGAUCUCUUCACACGUCUGUCAAAAGAGGUGAUGUUCACAGAGGAGGAUGUCAAGUUUUACCUGGCUGAGUUAGCACUAGCCCUGGACCAUCUCCACUCCCUUGGCAUUGUUUACAGGGACCUUAAACCAGAGAAUAUAUUGCUAGACACUGAUGGACAUAUCAAGCUGACUGAUUUUGGGCUUAGUAAGGAAUCAAUAUUUGAUGAGAAAAAAACUUACUCCUUCUGUGGUACAGUGGAGUAUAUGGCUCCUGAGGUUGUCAACAGGAAAGGACACGGCACUGCUGCUGAUUGGUGGUCCUAUGGUGUCCUCAUGUUUGAGAUGCUGACAGGUGCAUUACCAUUUCAAGGAACAAAUAGGAAGGAAACAAUGACACAAAUUUUAAAAGCAAAACUAGGAAUGCCACAGUUUUUGUCUCCUGAGGCACAGUCACUGCUGAGAGCACUGUUCAAGCGGAAUCCUCAGAACAGACUAGGAAUGGGCGUUAACGGUAUUGAAGACAUCAAAACACAGCCAUUUUUCUCCACAAUAGACUUUGAUAGACUGAUGACCCGGAAAACUAACCCGCCCUUCAAACCAGCUGUUGUACAGACAGAUGAUGCAUUUUACUUUGAUACGGAAUUCACUUCCAGGACACCAAAAGAUUCCCCCGGAAUUCCUCCUAGUGCGACAGCCCAUGAACUGUUCCGAGGCUUUAGUUUUGUAGCACCAGCACUACUACAUGACAACUCUGAAAUCCCUAACCCUUUAGAUAAUGAAAUAAGCCUUAAAAAGUUGCCAGGUGUGAAGUCAGUUCAGUUUUCUGAUGAAUAUGAAAUGAAAGAGGAUAUUGGUAUUGGGUCGUAUUCUGUAUGCAAACGCUGCAUCCACAAGCUCACAGGAGGGAGUUUUGCUGUAAAAAUUAUGGACAAAGAGAAGAGAGACCCUUCAGAGGAGGUGGAAAUUUUGCUCAGGUUUGGCCACCAUCCAAAUAUCAUUUCUUUACGGGACGUUUUUGACAAUGGGAACAAAGUGUACAUGGUAACAGAACUAAUGCAGGGAGGAGAGCUGUUAGACAAAAUAUUAAGACAACGAUUUUUUUCUGAGAGAGAAGCCAGUGCCGUUUUGCAAGUUGUAGCAAAAACUGUGGAAUAUCUUCAUUCAAAUGGCGUUGUACAUAGAGACUUAAAACCAUCCAAUAUUUUGUAUGCUGAUGAGAGUGGGUCGCCCGACAGCCUUCGGAUAUGUGACUUUGGCUUUGCUAAGCAGCUUAGGGCAGACAACGGCCUUCUGAUGACGCCCUGCUAUACAGCAAACUUUGUAGCCCCCGAGGUGCUGAAGCGCCAGGGUUAUGACGCUGCUUGUGAUAUAUGGAGCUUAGGUGUACUACUUUACACUAUGCUGGCAGGUCACACUCCAUUUGCAAAUGGCCCAAAGGACACACCCAAUGACAUCCUAUCGAGGAUCGGUACUGGCAAGUUUACAUUGUCGGGAGGAAACUGGGAUUCUGUGUCGCCAGCGGCAAAGGAUCUUGUGCAGAAAAUGCUGCAUGUUGACCCCCAGAGUCGACUGACUGCCACCCAAGUGCUCAACAACUCAUGGAUAGCCCACCGUGAAACACUGCCUCACCUGCGACUCACACUUCAGGAUGCUCAGCUUGUUAAGGGAGCAAUGCAUGCCACAUUUGAGGCGCUUAAAGACCAGCCGAAACCAGUCCUGGAACCUGUAGGAGCCUCUACUCUGGCUCAGAGAAGGGGCAAAAACAGGCCCAAGAGUUCUACAGCAGUGUGAUGAACUUUAGCCCUACCUGAUGGUCCAGGCUUUAUUGGGCUUGAAUCUCACACUUUGGGCCUGUAUUGCCUGAAGUGAGACAAGUGAAGUGGAGGACACAGGAAUGAGCCAGAGGGCAGGUCACUGGACACUUACUAGACCUGUCUCACUUGUUUACUUCUCUGUCAACAACAUUAUAGCUUCUACUUACUUGUGCAGGACUCAUCCAUCACUAGUUUAAUCAAUUUCAUACUAUCUUUAAAGUAUCUAAAGGUGUCCAUACAUUUUUUGUACUAAAUAACCUCCCACCAUCCCACCCCACAAAAAAAUGGGAAAAAAUAUACACUUCUUCGCACCACAUCAGUCCAGAAAGAUGUGACUAAUGAUGUCAUUAUGAUACUAUUGUNGUUUU